GCAAAAGAUCCAGUCGUGUUGAUGCGAUUUAUUUUGGACAAUCAGUGGGCGUUAAGACGUGUGUUUUCUUUAGAUUGCAACAUUCAAGGACCGGUGAUCUAAUUGUUUGGCUGAAACUACUAUACCCCCCCGGGAAGACGAGAUAUCACUGCCACGAUCAUGGGCGAUAAGCGAAAACGCGACGAAGCUGCCGUCGACGAGAACGAUGGAGCGGUGGUUGAUCUCGGGAAGUCGUCUAAGAAGAUAAAGAGCGGCGAUAAGGAGAAGGUGAAGAAGGAGAGGAAGACCAAGAAGGACAAGAAGGAGAAGAAGGAGAAGAAGAAGCUAGAGAAGGAAUUGAAAAAGAAGGCUAGAGAAGAAGCCAAUGGUGCCGCUGGCGAGGGCAAGAUGGAGGUGGAUGGGGAGCCAAAUGGAGUCCAGAAGGCAGAGAAGAGCAAGAAAGUGAAGAGAGAGGAAAAGUACAAGAGAGCGAAACAGGAGAGGAUGGAGAAGAGAGCGAAGCUCGCGGAAGAGGAAAAGGCUGAACAGGAUGAGGAGAAGAAGGAGAAAAAAGAGAAGAAGAAAGAGAAGACGGAAAAGAAGCUGAAGCCCGAAGAGAAGGAAGAGGAGCAGGAAGAAAAUGGUGUCAAUGGCGCAAAGGCAGAAGAGGAACAAUCUGCACCAGCUGCACCAGCUGAUACAGAGACACCCGCCGAGAACGGCACCGAAGAGGCUGCUGAAGGUGCUGUGGGGGAUGCUGAGAUGGAAGAAGCACGGAAGAGCCAGAGAUUCAUAGUCUUUAUAAGCAAUUUACCGUACACCGCUACGCAAGAGUCCGUCACAAAACACUUUGAAAAGCUCCAACCAACCUCCGUCCGUGUGCCGCUGGAGCGAGGCGGGAAGAAAGGCCGUGGAUUCGCCUUUGUUGAAUUCGCUGGCUUCGACCGCAUGAAGACCUGUCUAAAGCAGUACCACGGCACCAUGUUUGAAGACGGUGAUAAACCGGCCCGCAAGAUCAAGGUGGAACUAACGUGAGUCUACCUACCCCUUUUGACCCGCAAGCUUACCUUUGUCAGAUAAGUAGUUCUAACGUACCCCAUACAGUGCCGGAGGAGGCGGCUCGAAGUCUGAAGCGAGGAAGAUGAAGAUCUUGGAGAAGAACCAGAAACUCAAGGAGGAGCGAGCCCGAGAUGCGCAGGAGGCCAAACGGGCCAAGACGGCGUCUGCUACGACCAAUGGAGCCGGCACAUCGGCGGCUGAUGAUCAGUCGCAUAUCCAUCCUAGCCGAAGGGCGAGGGUGCCCGUAUAACUUCUAGAAGCUUACUUUUUCACCACAAAAGUGUUGAUUUGUUUUGGAUUGGGAUUGGCGUUUGGCUGGUGUCGUGUUCUUUGUAUUAUAUUGAUAGAAUGCUGGCUUUGGAAAAAGAGAACAGCUGCAAUUCUCCAGUUGAUGUCAAUCAUAAUAGAGCGUCUAGCAUCAUCUAUGGAUUAUGAACGCUGCGACUUGCAAGUUUUCAACAUUGUACCUGCAUACGAGGCGAGAUACCUAUGUGUGACAGCCAGAUAGGGACCAAACUGAGAGUCACGGCACAGCCACUUCCCAUCCAACCCCGUCGAGUCGUUAAAAAAAGAAAAAGGAAAAAGGACGCGGAGAAGAAGCAAAGAGGGCACGGAAAAGGUAAAACAGGUAAGAAAUUAAUUAUGUAGGAGCACUAAGGAACAGGCUGAAGCUUUGGUGGUGAAGAAAAAGCCAAGGAAAGGGUAUUAAAAGAUCCGAUCCAGGGGUAAGAAAGGGGGAGGGGGAUAAGAUAGAAUUGAAACCAGGCACAAUUAACAUGACAGAGAAGACUAAAAAGCCGGGAGAGUAGUUUGAACAGGGAUGCAGAGCUCGGGACGCAGAUGUAUGGAGUCAGGGUGUAACAGAUAUUCUCCACAGGCGAGUUUGAAAGGGAAGGGGGGGUGUCAUCAUAAGUAAACAAACGAGGGGGAAAGACAGAGAGGGAGAUUUGGUUUCGUGAUAUCUGGAAUGGUUGUAUUUACUUCGUCAAGUGUGAAGAACAAGGAGAAGAAGAGAAGAUGGAUGAAGAGAUAACCUUGCAGUACGAGCAGUUGCUCCGUCCCAAAUGCAGGAAGGUGGUGGAAAAAUGAGAAACGCUCGUCAUUAAAAUCGGUAAAGGCGGAAACAAACAGGUAGAAAGAACAGGAUUUGGAAGGUUAUUGCAGGUUUCGCAUCUGGAGGGAUGGGUUCGGGGUGUGGUGGUAGUCGUAGCCGUCGGGCCUGCGGCUGUGGCUGGGGGAUGAAAGCGGUAAAUUUGGGGUAGGGAAUGGUCGAGGGGGGGGAGAUCUAUGUAUCUUCUGCACUUCAAGGUCGAUGAUCGCUGGAACGUAUCUGCAUUUAGAGAACACAUCUAGAGUAUCUGGCACUUUCUCUUUGGUUUCUGAGUUGGACGAGGGUUCAAUACGGCUCUAUCGAACGUGUUAGUAUGCAGUUAUAGUUGUGUAUGUACCGUGACUGGGGAUAGCCCUACCGGAUGGCCUCGUCAAAGACGCUCUUGAGGUUGCGCUGGGUGAGAGCAGAGCACUCGAGGUACUUCUGGGCCUUGAUCUCCUUUGCGACUGCGAGGGCCUGCUCGUAGGAGACUGGCUCCAUCUUCUUGGACCGGAGAGCGUCUGCGGUGGCCUUGUCCUCUCUGAGGUCGAGCUUGGUGCCAACCAGGAUAAUGGGUACGUUUGGCGCGUGAUGUUCGAUCUCGGGAUACCACUAUAGACAUAGACACUAUUUAACAAGCUGUUUUCCUCUCUGCAUUGACCACGCGUCGAAGAGGUCGUACCUUUGCC